UUUUUUUUCAUUAUUACAGGUAGACAAUGUUGACUGACAUUUUAGUUCAGUUCACCUUGUCCGAAGCGAACAGACGUUUACGUCCAUGUCUGCGGCAAUGAAAACUCUCGUAAUUGUGCUUACCUCGCUGGUGGCUCUUUCUGCGGCAGGAUCGAUAGCUCGCGCAGAAGUGAAUCCUGUCGACGUCGUUUUUCAGCUGUUCACUCGUGCAAAUCCAACCCGAGCACAGCUUCUUUACUUGAAUGAUGAUGCCGCACUCGGACAAUCGUAUUACAACCACAGCCUGACAACGAAGAUUAUCGCUCACGGUCAUUACGGCUCUCCUACAUUAGCUUACUCCAUGAGAGAUGCUUAUUUGGGCAAAGAAGAUUGUAAUGUCAUUUCGGUUGAUUGGUCGGUGCUUGCUGCCGGGGAGUACGUCACCGUGGCGCAGAAUGGCGUUCCCACAGCGGGACUUACAACGGGCGAAUUCGUCAACUAUCUAAUUGAAAAAGGAACGCCAUUAAAUGCCUUCCACUUGAUUGGCUUCGAUAUGGGGGCUCAUGUUGUUGGCGAUGCUGGUGCUGCCGUGACUUCGGGCAAAGUCCCAAGAAUCACUGGUUUAGACCCGAUUGAAGCGUACUUUUCGCUCGAAUACGUCGAUGAACGUCUCGACACGACCGACGCAUUGUUCGUCGAUAUCAUCCACACACAAGUCACCUAUUCCAUUCCCAUCGGACAUAUCGAUUUUUAUCCGAAUGCUGGACUGGUUCAGCCGGGUUGCCCUGACCCUGACACUACGUGUUGUAGCCAUUGUCGUGUGAUCGAUCUGUUCGCGGAAUCCAUUAGCAAUCCAUCUAGUUUCGACUCUUUGCGUUGCAGCACUUGGGAAAGUUACAUCAAUGGUGCUUGUGCUUCGAACAACCAUGCAUUCAUGGGCGAAAAUGUUAAUAUCAACGCCCGUGGAUCGUUUUACCUUACAACAAAUGGCCAAUCACCGUACUCCCAAGCCUGAUUCCUGCUCUUAUCACUAUUGACGUUACGGCUAUUCGUUUUUACUACGUGUUACGAGAAUUCUACUAUAAUGCAGUAUUUUGUUAACAUUUUAUCAUAGUCUUAAUAAGCAUUUUCCCAAA